CCCCAGUGUCCCCCACAAACCCCAGCUUCCUGCUGCCCCCCACCCUGAUCCCAACACCAAGGGGACCCCAACCCUAAUUUCCAGGGGACCCAGGCUCCCUGCUCCUCAGUGGGGCAGUCCCACAUCCCUCUGCCCCCAGGGGAUUCAGGGAGGAGCCCCUCAGGGAGCACAGAGGGGAUCCAGGCAUCCUGGCCCCUGCCCCCAUCGUCCCUCCAAGGGGACCCGGGCACCCAAUGCCCCCCCGCUGCAGGAAGGACCCAGGGUAAGGUCACCUUGGGGCGGUUCCCGGGGCUAUAAGGGGAGGUCGGGAGCAGACUGGGAGCCACUGGGAGCUGCUGGGAGCCACUGGGAGCCACCAUGGGGAAGGAGGAGAGCUACGAGCUGGGACCGCGGGGCCCGGCCCCCCCCAAAGCAUCAAAGGGCCGCGGCCGCCGCAAGCAGGAGCGGCUGGAGGACAUGAAGAAGGAGAUGGAUGUGGAUGACCACAAGCUCGAACUGCCCGACCUGGAGGCAAAGUACAGCACCAGCAUCACCAAGGGCCUGGUGGGGGCAGUGGCGGCUGAGCGGCUGCUGCGGGACGGCCCCAAUGAGCUGCGCCCCCCUCGGGGGACCCCUGAGUGCGUCAAGUUUGGGCGGCAGCUGGCUGGGGGACUCCAGUGCCUGAUGUGGGUGGCAGCGGCCAUUUGUCUCAUUGCCUACGGCGUGCAGGAGGGGCAGGGUGAUCGCGGCAGUGCUGACAACCUUUACCUUGCCAUCGCCCUCAUUGCUGUUGUCGUCGUCACUGGCUGCUUUGGCUACUACCAGGAGUUCAAGAGCACCAACAUCAUUGCCAGCUUCAAGAACCUCGUCCCCCAGCAAGCCACAGUGAUCCGGGAAGGGGACAAGCUGCAGAUCAAUGCCAACGAGCUGGUGGUCGGGGACCUGGUGGAGAUCAAAGGCGGGGAUCGAGUGCCUGCAGACAUCCGCAUAAUCUCAGCCCAGGGCUGCAAGGUGGACAACUCGUCGCUGACAGGGGAGUCUGAGCCGCAGACACGGUCACCCGACUGCACCCAUGACUCACCCCUGGAGACCCGCAACAUUGCCUUCUUCUCCACCAUGUGCCUGGAAGGGACUGCCACGGGGCUGGUGAUCAACACAGGUGACCGGACCAUCAUCGGGCGCAUCGCCAGCCUGGCCUCAGGUGUGGAGAACGAGAAGACGCCCAUUGCCAUCGAGAUCGAGCACUUCGUUGACAUCAUCGCCGGCCUCGCCAUCUUCUUUGGCGCCACCUUCUUUGUGGUGGCCAUGGUCAUCGGAUACCCCUUCCUCCGUGCUAUGGUCUUCUUCAUGGCCAUCGUCGUGGCCUAUGUCCCUGAGGGGCUGCUGGCCACUGUCACAGUUUGCCUCUCACUGACGGCGAAGCGGCUGGCACGGAAGAACUGCGUGGUGAAGAACCUGGAGGCAGUGGAGACGCUGGGCUCCACCUCAGUGAUCUGCUCUGACAAGACUGGGACCCUCACUCAGAACCGCAUGACGGUGGCACACCUCUGGUUCGACAACCAGAUCCACACGGCCGACACUACCGAGGACCAGUCGGGUCAGAGCUUUGACCAGUCAUCGGAGACGUGGACGCUGCUGAGCCGCAUCGUCACCCUCUGCAACAGGGCCCAGUUCAAGUCUGGCCAGGAGAACGUUCCUGUGGCUAAGCGCGAGGUCAUUGGUGAUGCCUCCGAGACGGCGCUGCUGAAAUUCGCCGAGGUGACAGUGGGAACGGUGUCAGAGGCACGGGGACACUUCCCCAAGGUGGCCGAGCUGCCCUUCAACUCCACCAACAAGUUCCAGCUCUCAGUGCACGCGGCAGGGGACCGCCAGCUGCUGGUGCUGAAGGGGGCCCCCGAGCGGGUGCUGGAGCGCUGCAGCACCGUCAUGAUAAAGGGGCAGGAGCUGCCGCUCGACACCCAGUGGCGGGAGGCCUUCGAGGGGGCCUAUGCUGACCUGGGGGGCCGCGGGGAGCGUGUCCUGGGAUUCUGUGCGCGCUGGCUGCCCGCAGGGACAGUGGCAGCAGGGACAGACCCUGAGGCACUUCCUGAGGUGGCCGUGGGCCUCUGCUUCGCUGGGCUGGUGGCCAUGAUUGAUCCCCCGCGGGCCACCGUGCCCCGCGCUGUGCUCAAGUGCCGCACGGCUGGCAUCAGGGUGAUCAUGGUGACCGGUGACCACCCCAUCACGGCCAAGGCCAUCGCUGCCGCUGUCGGCAUCAUCUCAGAGGGUAGCGAGACCCCCGAGGAUGUGGCAGCGCGGCUGCGGGUGCCCCUGGAGCAGGUGGACCCCAGGCAGGCGCGGGCACGAGUGGUGACAGGGGCUGAGCUGGCUGGCAUGGCCCCGGGCGUCCUCGAGGGGAUCCUGCGCGCUCACCCGGAGAUGGUCUUCGCCCGGACGUCACCGCAGCAGAAACUUGUCAUCGUAGAGAGCUGCCAGCGGCUGGGCGCCAUCGUGGCGGUGACAGGGGAUGGGGUGAACGACUCCCCAGCACUGAAGCGCGCUGACAUCGGGGUGGCCAUGGGCAUCGCCGGCUCCGAUGCCGCCAAGAACGCAGCUGACAUGAUCCUGCUGGAUGACAACUUUGCCUCCAUCGUCACUGGUGUGGAGCAAGGUGGGAUGCUGGGAGAGGGACACAAAAAUCGGGGGGGGGGGGGGAGGGCCCGGGCUGGCGGGGGAGCAGCCUGGACCCCCCUGGAGGUAGGGGGGUGGUGUGUGUGGGGGGACACGGACAGCGUGCCCACCGUCCCUGCAGGCGCCAUCCAGUCGUUCGCUGGCUUCACCGACUACUUCGUGGCCAUGGCACAGGAGGGCUGGUGGCCGCUGCUCUGCCUGGGGCUGCGCCCGCGCUGGGAGGACACACACGAGCAGGAGCUGCAGGACAGCUAUGGGCAGCAGUGGACCUUCGAGCAGCGCCGCUACCAGCAGUACACGUGCUACACCGUCUUCUUCAUCAGCAUCGAGAUGUGCCAGAUCGCCGAUGUCCUCAUCCGCAAGACCCGGCGCCUCUCCCUGCUGCAGCAGGGCCUCUUCCGGAACCACAUCCUGGUGAUCGCCAUCGUCUUCCAGGUGUCCAUCGGCUGCUUCCUCUGCUACUGCCCCGGGAUGCCCAACAUCUUCAACUUCAUGCCCAUCCGGUUCCAGUGGUGGUUUGUGCCUAUGCCCUUCGGCCUCCUCAUCCUCAUCUACGAUGAGAUCCGCAAGCUGGGCGUGCGGCGGCACCCAGGGAGCUGGUGGGACCGUGAGCUCUACUACUGAGGCUGCCACCCUACAAGGGGCACGGGGGCAUCCGUGUCCCCCCCCCCAGGACACUCGGACCCCCCCC